CAAAAUAUAUCAUGAAGCGUUUUCUUCAAACUUCCUCUCUUUUCAUCCUCCUCUUUAGAUUGUUUUGUUCAUCAUAUCUCGUAUUAGAGUUCUAUCUUUUAUCGUUCUCAUCAUGUUCUAUAGAAUAUUAUUCUUUAAUUUCUCUGUCUUAGGUUAUAUCUGUGAAUUGCAAUCUUUUGUUUUAAUUUUGAUGGGAAAUCUCAGAUCCAGUAUUCUGGAAAUUGGUUUGUUAUUUAUCGAUCAUGGAUUAAGUGUUCCAGUGAUUGGUUUUUUAUUAAACCUAUAUUUGAUUCAAGCUUAUAAUGUUAUAAGCUUACAAAAUUAAUGCAUUCGUGCUUUUAAUUAUGUCUAUAAAUAUGAGAUAUUUUUACCCCCUUUUUUUUUCUGAAUCUUCCAUCAUUUUAGUGUAAUUUAGCAUUUCUUAUUGACAAUAGUAUAUAAUUUAGAUUUGUUUAGCUCAGUCUAACAUUCGAUUAAAAUCUUAUUUCCGUUUGUUAUUUGCAGAUACCGGAUACAUGCCUUUAAUUGCUUAAAAGCUUAGAAAAUGUUUUAAGCUCAUUCUGGAAUCAUAAUUGUUUUAAAGUUUGCAAAAUUUGUUAAGCUCGUUCUGAAUUCAAACAAAACAUUAGUUUUUUCAUUUCAAAAAUUAAUGUGAGAAACCAUUUACUAUAUAGGGAAACAUUUUCAAAAAAAAAGAAACAUUUGAUUUAGUAUGCGAUUUUAAUGUCUAUAGCAUAGAUUAACUUUCUCAUUUAGUAUGCGCUUUUGAUUUUUUUUUUUCCGUAUUGUCCCGGUUGGUUCUUACUUAAAUUGUUCUUAUUAUUUAUUUCGCUCUCCCAAUUUUUCCCCUUUUCGUCUGGACCUCUCUUUCUAGGGUUACUUGAUUCAGUGAAGAGAUUUCUCCAUUCUGCGUUUUGUCCGUCGAUUGACCUUCACAGUAUGGGUUUCCUUUACAAGUUGCGCUUUCUGAGGAAGAGGAAGUAUCAAGAGUUUGAACAAAACAAUUGGAUGGACUAUCCUCCUGAUGAUUAUUAUGAAGAUUUGCAAGAUCAUUACGAUGAUUCCGAUUCUGAUUAUUACGAUGCUCAGCUUGUCCAGUACGAUGACGAGGAAGAUGGCAAUCACGAUGAAGAUAAUGAUGAAGAGAAUGAUGCCUAUAUAAUCCGUCCUGACAAGAGCCAGAAGGUUUACAAGUCUAUUGUUCUUAGAAAUGGACUCACCGUUCUGCUCAUAUCGGACUCUUCUGCUAUGAGCUCAACUGCUGCUAUGACUGUUAGAUUUGGGAGUAUUAAUGACCCUCCAGAUAUGAUGGGAAUUGCUCAUUUGAUUGAGCACAUGUUGUCAAGGGGAUCAACUGAAAAUGAUUUUCAAAGUUUUGUGAUGAUGAAUGGUGAACGAGUUUUUGCUAUCACAGAUAUGGAACACUCGGGUUUCUCUUUUGAGAUCGGUACGCCAAAUUUUCAGGCUGGUUUGAAGAGGUUUGCUAAAAGUUUCAUUUCCCCUCCCAUGGACGUUGAAGACAUAAAAAGCGAGAUUAACACCAUCAAUCAAGAGUGGUUAGGUUGGAAAUUUAGAGAUGAAGCUCGUUUGGAACAGCUGUUUGCCCAUACAACUCACGUGGAUCACCCUUUUCAUCGAUUCACUAUGGGCAACAAACGUUCUUUGUCAAAUCAUGAACCGAAAAGUAUUCGUGAUGCUGCCCUGGAGCUAUAUGUUAAGCACUUUGUAGCUUCUUGCAUGAAGCUUGUCGUUAUUGGUGCAGAUCCUGUAGAUAAACUUGAAAGAUGGGUCAGGAAAUACUUUUCAGAACUUCCAAGAGGUCAAGAGAUUAACUUAGCAUUUCCAGAGUAUGAUACACAUCGGUGGAAGCAUAGCUUGUGGAAGCAUGGCGUUUCAUAUUUUCUUGAGUCCUUGGAGGGUUCUCAAAGUAUGAAGAUUAGUUGGAUCCUUCCUCCUGUGUCUAGGACACAUGUUAAUAAAAGGCCAGAGAUGUUUAUACUACGACUUUUAUGUGACGAGAGUCAGGGUUCCCUUUCCUCUUUCUUCAAGUCGAAGCUAUGGAUAACAUCGCUUCAUGUUUGGUCGGGUCAUGAAUCAAAGUUUUCUGAUGUUGAUAGUUCUUCCUAUUGCUCUACAUUAGCAGGUCAACUUUUUGUGAUCUCCAUGGAUAUCACAGAUCGCGGCUGGGAACAUAAAUAUGAUAUGGUAUCGUAUGUGUACCAGUACCUUAAUCUUUUGAAAUCUAUGGAUCCUCCUCCAUCUCUUCCAUCACUCAUUGAAGAGUUCAGAUCUUCAAUGAAUAUUUGGUUUCAGUGCUUGGAUUUUGAUAGCAACCAGCUUUGUGAUCCUUCCCAGUUUUCUCUGGCUCUUGCAGUUAAUAUGCUCAAGUUUCCUGUUUCACAUGCGAUCUCUCUUGAUUUUGGCUAUGACUUUGGUGAUUUCGAAGACAUCAAGGAAAUGCUUCGUAAUUUCAGUACGAAAAAUAUGAGGAUUGACUUUCUUUCAAAAGCUUUCACAGAAAAAGGGGAAAGAGAACCAUUUUUCUCUUUCACAUUCAAAGAAGAGAAUGUUCCCCAUUCUUACUUGCAACGAUGGGAGAUUCCUGAAGAAACAGAUCCUGGGCUACACUUGCCAUUCAGGAAUGAAUUGAUGCCAACGACCUCUCUAUUGGAAGUUCUUGAAGAGGAAAUUGUGGGGAGUUCUUUUAAAAGCAUUGCUGACAAAUGUUUCUACAAAGAGAACAAGGGCGUAUUGGGUAAAGCUUCGCUAAACAUUUACUUGGAUCCUGGUCAAGGUGUUAUACCACACAUGAUAACCAGAAUCUACUUCGAGAUCAUCAAAGUUGAGCUUAGCUCUCUUUUAUUUAAGGCCGGAGAAGGGUACAUUUCCACUGCAUUAUCGAUUGGAGAUGACAACACCAUUGUGUUGGAACUCUAUGGCCAUCCUCAAAGGUUUAAAUACCUUGUUGCUUCUAUCUGGGAUAAAUUUAAAUCGUUUGAGCCUACUCCUGAUUGCUUUCAGAUUAUCACUGAGAGAAUGAAGAGAGAUUUCUACGUUAAUUCUCGUGAUCUGAUUCAUCAUGCACAUUGCCUCUUAUCUGAGGCUGUUUUCCUAGUACCUUUCACCAUGGAAGAUAAGUAUGGAGUCAUGAAGUAUAUUACUUUUGACAACCUCAGGCGCCUCCUACCUGCCAUGCGAUCUGAGGCACGAGUUGUUGCUGUUUUUUCUGGAAGUGUGUCUAAAGAAGACUGCAAACAAAUUACAAAUUUGUUUCAACCCUUUGGAGAUUUUAAAAUCCAAAGGGUAUUUCAGACUAAGAGAGUGUUACGUCAGGAUUACUCUUAUCAAGUCUUUGCCAACCCAAAAACAGAGACAGAAACAAAUUGCUUGGCCAAGGUUUAUUUCCAAAUGGUGUGUGAUGAAAAGUCCGAAGUCUACAAUGCUGAAAACGUGACGGUAUUUUUACAUCUUCUAAAGGUUAUGGUUACUGAGAAAGUAUUUUUCGAUCUGAGGCUAACACAGGGGCUUGGUUAUCGAGUAGGUUGUGAUAUAUAUAACCUAGGAUUCUAUAUCUACGUUGUGUCUCCUGACCAUAAGCCUAAAGAUCUCCUGAUAAAGCUAUAUGACUUUGUUGCAACCAUUCCUGUCUAUUUGGCUGGUGUUGAUGAUCAAACUUUUAAAAGUUUCAGGAGUGUAGUUAAUUUCCCAGAUGAGUCUGGUUUGUCUUAUGACUUGGUUGAUGAUGACAGUGGCAUAAAUGGUGAUAAUGUAGCCGGGUUGAUAUUGGAACGUAUGGAGAAAGACGAUGUGGUUCAUCUAUAUGAUCGCUUUUUUGUCAAAAUGCCUUUUAUUGUUGAAAUAUGCAUUGGAAGGACAUUUGAUUAGCUCCAUAUGAUGAACCAAAAUUUUAUUUAUGACAUGUUGUGUCAUCACCCUCCUUUAAGAUUUACUUAAAACUUCGCUGAAAACCAUGUUUAUGUUUUCCUUAUGCUAUCACUUGUUGAAUAAUCAUGAUAUUUGUUUUCUUUUUGUUAUAUGAACGUAAUGUUAAGGAACCAUGGUUCUAUUUGGGA